GGUAGCAAAGUCAGUAACUAGCAAGGCACGUGCAUGCUUCACUCUUCUGUGUAGAUAGUUAGGAGUAGUUGGUUUAGAAAACAUGAAAAUGGAUCAACAGCCGCAAUCUUCUCCAAGUAGUAAUUCCGAUGAUAUGCCAAAUGAUCCCGGGAAAAUGUUUGUCGGAGGUCUCUCAUGGCAGACGACAGCAGAACGGCUGAGGGAAUUUUUCGAUUCAUUCGGGGAGGUUAAAGAAACUAUGGUUAUGAAAGAUCCGUCCACCAAACGAUCAAGGGGCUUUGGUUUUGUAACAUUCAGAGAUAUGGCUAGUGUAGACAAGGUGCUGAGUAGUGGACCUCAUGUUAUAGACUCAAAAACGGUCGAUCCUAAAUUGGCAUUUCCUCGUAAAGCGCAGCCUAAGAUGGUAACCAGAACUAAAAAGAUAUUUGUUGGUGGUCUAUCCGCUUCAACCACAGCAGAAGAAGUUAAAAAAUACUUUAGUCAAUUUGGACCCAUUGAAGAUGCUAUGCUGAUGUUUGACAAAUCAACAAAUAGGCAUCGAGGCUUUGGCUUUGUAACUUUUGAAACUGAAGAUGCAGUAGAAAAAGUCUGUGAAAUACAUUUCCAUGAAAUUAUGGGCAAAAUGGUAGAAUGUAAAAAAGCUCAGCCUAAAGAAGUUAUGCUACCAACACAAUUAGCACGGGGUAGAGGCUUAGCACGAGGUGCUUAUGUUACGGAAGAUGGUGAGCUGGUAUGGGAGGUGCCCAAUGAUGUGGUCAAUCUGCAGGAUAUGUGUUACUUACCAGGCAUUCCCGGAUUUGCCGCCUAUGGUCGAGGAAUCCCUGCUUUCAGCCCCGCAGGCUAUUACUACCCAGGAGGCUUCCCUGGUUAUAGUUAUCUUUCCUUGCCUGGUGCUGCUGGUCAUGCAGAAAGGACAACGUCCCCUGCUUUCUAUGCUGAUUUGAAUUCCGCUAACCAUGCUGCGCUGGCCGCAGCCCAAAUACAGAGAAGUGAAACCUCACCACUACCAAUAAGUACAUCACCUCUACAACGAGAUUCACUUCAGCGAAAUCCUGGAUUGGCUGCAGCAGCUGCUGCAAUGAUGAGUAAUUUUGCUGGCCAACCAACUUUCACAACUGCAACAUCUCCACGUGGGUAUCCAGGAGCUAGUAGCCCUGGUCCAUUAGAUCUCUACGCAGCAGCACAAGAAGGGUAUGGGUAUGUUCAGGCCACAAGUCCACAACCUGCUGGAUUUGCUCCUAAUUUAUUAGGCAGGGCCCCCUUGAUUGCCACAAGUUUCCAAAAUGGCUACCACUGAUCAAGGAUUCAGGAUUGAAGAAUAUAGGAUCGAUAAAAGCAACUAAGCGGAUCCAUUUUAACAGGAAGAAAUUUCUAAGAGACAGGGAAAUUUGAAGCUGCUGUAUUGUAAUAUAAGGGAUCCAUUUGUCUCAAGGGAGCUAACCCAGUUUACCAUGCAAAUUAAUCUGGAGUUGCCUCCCAUUGAUGUGCUGUAUGGGGUAUAAUAUAUUAUAUUCCCCUUGUUAUUGUGCUGUGUCAUGUGACUCAUUCUGUAUAUACCUAUAUAUGUAAAUGUAUUUUAAUGUUGUGAAUUUUUUCUUUUUAAAAUGCUUAAAUAUUUUAUUUGAUUUUUUCGUACUGUUCCAUUUUUUUCAUGGAACUCGUCCAAUUAAUUUGUAUUGUUUUGUCUGAUGGAAAUUUUUAUGAACAUUUCUUUUUUGUCUAGUGUUAUUUGUUAUACACAAAACCAACAAAAUAACCACAUUUUGUUUUUAUGUAAAUAUUUUUACAAGUUAUCUUUUUUUUUAAAAUUUGGAAUCCUUAUCUUUGUGUUCAUUCAUGACAAUUUUUUUUUUAUAUAUAUAUAAAAAUUUUAGUUAUUUUUGUGCAUUGAAAAAUUACGCUUAAACUAUUCUUUAAGUAAAAUUUAAACUUUUUGAAUUUUACUGAAAUAAUAAGUUUUUAAAAUUUUGGGGAAAUAGUAGGAUAAUUUUAAAAUUUUUAUUUCUAUUUAUUUUGCUUUACAUAAUAAACCCGUUUUAUGUAGUAAAUAGACCGGUAAAAUAUAUCAUUACACUAUUUUGGCUGACCAGUUAUUUAUAUUUGCUGUGUUGGUAUAAUAGCAAUAAAAGUAUAGUAUAUAUACAAAGAAAGCAUUAGAUUAGGUAGAAUGUACCAUGACAAUGUAAUUGUUUUGAUAAAAAAAAUAUAAAAUGACGCAUCAUGGAAACUCAACAUGACACAGUACCAACCAAAUGCUGAGUUUCAAAUCUUUUUUGGAAAAUUUUACAAGGAAAGCAAUACAUUUUUUUUGUAAAUAAACUUUGUUGAUAAAUACAGUUAUAUAAAUAUUAUAUAUAUAUAUGGUUUAACUGAUAUACAUAUUAUACAUAUAUCUUAUAUCUAUAUAUAUAUAUAUAUUAAUCUUGUGGAUAUGAUGACAUUAUACCUCUUAAACAUUGAUAUAUACGUUAUUAUAUUAUGAUUCUUCUAUGUUGUUCAAGUCAAGGUACACUGCAUGUGAAAAAAAGCCAAAAAUCAUUAAAUAUAUUAUUACUAUAUAUUAGUGUAGAAUUAGACAAAAUUAGAUACAGAUCUUACCUAGUUGUUGCUGAUGAGCAGUUCUUUAAGUCUUAAUUUACAUAUUCUUAAAUUCCUUAAUGCAUUUUUUCAAAGGGGUAUAACAAAUAGGCAUCAUUAACAUGUAUCUCAUCAGCACCAACUAGUAAAGUUCUCGAGUGAAUUUAGGCAUAUUUAUAAAAAAAUAUUUCAGAAUCUCACUUAGCGUGUGUGAUUUUAGAUUAUUUAUAAACCUUGUUUACAUGACGCAACACGAACAAAUAAAGUCUAUAAAAUGGUUUUGAUUUCUUUAUAUAUACUUCUGUUAUAUAUUUCUUUGUAUGUGUGUUAACAAAAUCUAAGCAUGUUCAUAGACAUAAGCUGGUGUUGAUCCAUUUCAUUAUAGGAACAUUGAUUGUUGCUUCUUCUUUAACACAUAUAAAAGUGAAUUCAUUGUUCAUUGAUUGCUAAUAUAUACGAACAAACUACUCAUACAAAUUAUUAAUUGAAAUAUGUAAUGUUAUACUACUUUGUGGAUUUAUUGAUUUGAUACGUUUUAUUAUAUACUGUUACUUAUAAUAUAUUAUAUAUAUAUAUACAUGUAUACACUCGCCAUACUUUUCAUUUUACCACAUGUAUAUUUAACAUUGUAAUGUAAUGGAAUUUUGACUUGUUGACCAGAUUUUUUGGUAACUAUGUUAUAUAUUAUGCCCUUUAACAUUUUAUUAUAUUCAUAUUAUAUCUUGUACAGUUGUUCCCCCUUUCUUUAAAUGGCUCUAUGUAUGUAUAACCAAUGGUAGUAAUUAGUUAAUGUGCACGCUGAUCUGUAUAUAUACACUACUCGCUUAAUAGUUCCUGAAAAAAAGUAUCUCUCCACCAUAUACUUGUGAUAAAUGUUUAUAUACUAAGAUAGGGUUCCAGCUUCAACAUCAUAUUGUUUUGUUAGUAAGGGAUUUGAUUUGAUUUUUCUCAAGGGAAGAGAUCAAAGGGGAUUCAACCCUUGUCAUUUUCUUUAUUUACUAUAUACGCAUAUCAAGAUCUGGUUUCUUUUUUUAUUCUAUAUAUUUUAUUAUUUUCAUCAUUUGCUAAAAAUUAGGAUCUUGCCAAUACUUCAACAGUUCAAUGAAUUUUUUUUGACAGGUUUUAUUAUGAGAUGUUUUCAUGAGAUGAGACAAUUUAUAAUCACUAAAUUAUUUUAGGAAAUUUGCUAGAAUGAUGAUUUGUAUUUUGAGAUAGUGCACCCCUUUGAAAAGAAGCACAUGGGUAAUCCAUAUACUAAUUUAAAAAAAUAAAUUUCCUUCCAAAUUAAUUUCAAUAAAAUUCUUUGUUGAUGGAACAGCAAAUAAUAAAUAAUGUUUAGAUUAGGUAAUGGCAAAAAACAUUCCCUCAGGAAGAACACCGUUGUUAGGAAUGAUGGAACAAAUAUGGAAUAUUCUGAUUGAUCUUAGUUCGAUAGUAAAAAUUGAAUCAGAGCUUACUGAAUGAAGUCCAGUAUAAAAUAUAUAAUCUCUGAUAAGUAUAUUCCAUAUUUAUAAUUCAUUAUAUUCCUGUCUGUUAGUGACGAGAAGCUUAAAGUAGACUUAGAAAAUGUAGAUCUAGAAGAGAGUUUAUUAUGUGUCAACAAAUCAGUUUUUGAAAAAGUGCUAAAAUUUAUACUUUAUUAUAACCUAGCUGAGAAAUUAUUAAGAAAAUGAUUUUUGAUUUUGUGAAGCAGUAGAAAGCGAAAGCGUAUAUGAAUGAAUUAGAAAAAUAAUGUAUCCAUAAGCAAUAAAUUUUAGAGAGCUAGGAAUCUAAUAAUUGUAGUUGAACAACUAACGAAGCUAUAAUGAUCUCAUUUUAUAAAAGGCCACGUAUUCAAUGUGUUAAUUGUUUCAAAUUUUGAUGUGAAUACAAUGGUCUUGUUUUCUGUUAUAAACUUUUUUUAAUUCUUUUUUUUUCGCUGUGUGAAAAUUUAAUCCUUUAUGAUCUUAAGCAAAUCUUUCAACCAUUUUAAAGACACUUGCCAUAAGAUAAACGAAUAAAAAUACACUGAUUGAUUAAAAUAAGUUAAUGAAUUAUCUUUGAAUUGCACACUGGAUGAGUUAACUUAAUACAUUUCAAAGUCAAAAUACCCAUCUAAUUCUAUACCAGAUAAUUAUAAUAAUAGUGGGUACUGGAUGAUACUGACUUCGUUGGGUCAAUAUACAUUAAAUAUCAGAAUUCAAGACCAGAUUAUGUUUAUCUAGAAAGUAGAAAGCUGUACUAAUUAUCUGUAAAUAAAUGAAAUUGAAGUGCCAGAUCAUUUGAAGUUUUUGUAUUCAUCAAAUUAAAUAGAGAUAGGUAGUGUAAUAUUUGUGUAUUGAACAACUGGACAGAUUGGGUCACCAUCUAGCAGCAUGGAUUGUAAAAAUAAAGUUACCUCCCCUUGGUUACAGUUUAUAGUCAGUCAGCAAGAUGUUGGUUGUUUUUUUGGUGGGGGGUGGGUGUCUUCAAAAUCCGAUUAACAAAAGCUCUUUUACUUACAGUAAUUGAUGAUUAUUUAUUAUUGUAUUACUACUAAUUUAAUUAGAUAGUGGAGAUAUGUAGAUUAAUUCCUGUAAACAUUGAAAUGAGAGAAGAUAAAGUUAUAAUUCUUAUAUCAUGUAUCCUUCACUUGAUUUGUUUAAUGGUAAAUACAGUGGUCACAUUUGCUGAAAUCUGCAAAAAUUAAUAUGUAUUUUAUCUAUUAAUUCAAAUCAAGAAGGAUUAUCAUAAUUAGUAGGGGGAAAUAUGGUAGCUAGAUGUGGACAUAAUCUGUCUAAAAUUAGGGUAAAAAUUAUAAACAUCACAACACAUUUCACUCAACAACAUGUGCCAAAGGACGUCACGACUUACUGUUCAUAUUUAUAUUCUUGUACACUCUAGUCUCAGAAAAUGGUCUUCAAAAUCAUAUCCUAUACCUGCUUUAGAAAACUAAUAUAUUGAAUGGAUCUUAGAUUUAUCCACAUAUAUAGUAGUACCAUAUAGAAAAUAUAAUAGAAUAAAGAAUUUUUUUAGGCAGCUGGACUUUUUGUAAUUUUGUUUUGACUGUUAUCAUUGUCAUGCUCAAGAAUCCUAUUAUGCAAUUGUAAUUGUUUUCUUAUUUAUUUACUCCCAUGAAUUAAGUUCUUCAAUUUAUUCUAAAAGACCAUUCUGAGACCAUUCUGAGACUAUUAUGUACAAGGUGUGAUUUAGUGUAUAUGUAGCAAUACUGGGUAGCCAUAGAUAAAUGUAAUUGUAGUUUUGAUCAAUGAUAUAGUAAUAUAUUAACUUUUGUUGCAAACAGUAACUAUGGAAACUGUGAUACAUUUCGAAAAAAAAAAUUGUAAAUUCUCCAAGCUUGUUGAUUUGAAACAUAAAGGAAAGUAAGAAAGAUAUGAAAUAUUUUUAUUUGUCUAGUUUAGAAUAUAGUUUUGUUUGUUUUACAUGUCACAUGCCCUUUAAGCAGUCACUGGUGUCAAAAAUAAAUUUCGGAAGAAAUACAAAAUUGAAAAAUGUGUAUAUUAAGAUAGCUGAGUAAAAAAUAAUCUACAUAUAUAUGUAAACAAACACAAUUAUUAAUACAUUAAUCCAACUCGGACACAUGAUUUAUUAAGGUACAAUUCUGUUAGAUUAUUAAAAUGGUAAAAUAUGUCAUUCUGAUUAUACAGCCGGAUUAUAAACCAGUGAUGCUUUAAAGGACAGUACAUAAUUUAUACCUAAAAACGUCCAGUGUGUUCGAGAUAUAUAAACUAUUAUUAUUAUUAUAUUAUAUCAUGCAGGGAGUGAAAGACCAUUGUGUAUGUUUUUCUUGUUCUAUAUAUGUAUAUAUACAUAUAUAAAGUCAAUCUGUCUUGUGGCUCAUCAGUGUUCUUGUGCACACACACAUACACAUUUUUUUCUGAAUAAUAAAAAUGGUUGAUUUACGAA